AUGUUAGAAAAAUCAUUUGAAAUCACCGUGCUUCGAGCAGAACCUGUAGACCGAGAAGAAUCCGAAGUUGGCUGCUAUAUUUCUGUUGAUGGGCGCCUAUUUGAUGUAAUCACUCCACUAAGCCCUGAUAAUGAAGAAAAUCUUGUGCAGAUUAACAGCAUUGGAAAACUUCAGCUGAUCCUUAAAAAUAUGAGUAGUGGAGAAGAAAUAGGCAGUGUGAGUCUGCCGACUUCAAUUUUGCCAUCAGAAGGCUUUCAAUGGCUGCCUUUGUUUCAGCCCCAGAGUAACGAUUAUUUAUCAUCAUUCCCAGAAGAAGUAACCUCACCACGAAUUCUGAUAUUAGUAAACACCAAAAGAGCACUCACUCCUGUCCAAGAAGUCACUGAGCUUUCUGAACUUGAUUGUGAAAUGCACCAAAAUAGCAUUGUUCACUCAGAAAGUGACAGUGGAUUUAUGCCUGAAAUUAAAUUAUGUCCAAGUCCAUACGACAAAAAGCCAAACAUAGAAGACAAUGAACGCUCAAAUACUUUUAGGAUCAUUGAGCUAGAAAGAGCAAUGGAAGAAGAAAAUUGGAGACAUCAAGAAGAAAUAUUGAGGGUCAAUCAAAACGUAAAGGUCACCAUUGAUGGGCUAAAUUUCGAGAUUGAGAAGAUCAAGGCUCAGAAUAAAAAGCUUGAAUCGAAAUAUCUUGAAUGCAGAAGCGAGCUAGAAUCAAAUAAAGAAAAUUUAAGUAAAGAAAAAAAAGAAACAGAAGAACUUAAACAGAUGUUUGAAAAAUUAAGCACAGAGUAUGACGCAGCUACCAAAAAAUUCAACUGUACAGAGGCUUCUUUGCAUAAAUUAAUCGAGAAAAAAGACCAGGAAAUGUUUAAACUGCAAACAGAGCUGACAAUAUGAAAAAAGAACGCCAGUAACUUUGAGCAGCAGAUACAGAAAUCAAAAGCUGAGUCUUCUAAUGCUUUUCAGCUUUCUCAAGAAAUUGGGCUUUUAAAGCAAAGGCUUGAGCAGUCAGAAAUACAAAGGCAAAACUUGCAAAGGGUAAUUCAAGAUUUAAACGAUGGGUGGGGCUCUGAUGCUCAGCUCCAAAUGUUGACAAAUGAAAAUAAAAAACUCAAAGAUGAACUGCAAAAGCUAAAAAGUGCCCAAAAGCCUACAAAUCUGUUUGAUAGCACGCUUAAAGAUUUAGAAGCGUUGCUAGAAUCUAGGAAGAAAAAUACACAGUCAAGAACUCCAAUUCAAAGCCCGAAAAAGUAUCAUAAGAGAUCAAGCACAGGGUGGAAUAAUCAUGCAAAACACCAAGAUGAUGUGGAGACAGAAACGACUGCAAGUGUCUGUAGCAAAUCCUCAUUGAAUGUGGAUAAAGGAAAACCCAAGUGUCCAUCUCCAAGCAAAAGAUUGUUAAAGCAGACAGUUAGCAGCAUUAAUAAGGGAAGGAAUUCUGCAACUCCAGGAAGAACUUCUAUUAUUCCAACUACCAGAGAAGUAAAGUCUCCAAGAAAGAUUCCAUUUAGAUAA